CGCAUACUGGCGCAUCGCCACGACGUCUUUUCCAGCAGUGGCGACCACUCCAGACGGUCUGUGGUGCCGGCCGACCAGGGUGUGGAUGCGGAGUUGCCACCAUUCAGUCGGCCAAUACCGAGCACGGACGCUCACAGCCCAGUACGGCUUCUCAUUUCGUUUAUAUGAUACAUGCAGCUGCCGGCCUGCCCUCUUGUCGCCUGCCUCCUCUACACGCCAUUCGUGACACUCGUUCGUUCCAUUCUUCUUUCGCGCUGUCUCUAACAUCGACAUCGACAUUCUACAUCUUCCACAACGAGAAUUACCAUUGGAUCAUCACCAACGACCCGUCGUAGCAUACAUCGAUCAACAUGCGUUACUCAGUAUUGGCUCUGGCGCCAUUUGUGGCUGCCGCAUACGCCCAGGAUACCAACAACGACGAUCAGAACAACGAUGCUCAGACCUCUUCAACUUCCAUUUCGAUCCCACCGUACUCAAACACCAUGACCAACUUCCUCACGCAAACCAACUCGGAUGGAGUUGUGACCGGCAUGCCUACGCCGCAAGUUGGAGGCCAAGGUGUUGCUGAGACCAGCAUUCCUCCAGUCGCCACAAUUCCAGCCGGUCUUGCUCCGGGCUCUGUGUACACCUUGUUCUACGGAAACGCGACCUCUUUCACCGUCAGCGUUGCCUCAUCAACUACCGUCGUCGUCGGUCCUGGAGGCUCUCAAGCAACGGGCGUGUCUGUCACCACAGGAAACAAUGCCGCCACACCAAGCUCUGCGUCUGGCAACGAGAACGCAACAGAGACAUCUGAGAACGGCUCGACCGAGACCUCGGAUUCUGCGGCCAGUGGGAAUCUCAAGGUUGCCUCGGGUGCCAUGUUCGGCCUCGGCGCUCUCCUGGCCUUUGCUCUGUAAAGAUUUUGCGUGGUGGUUAAGGAUGAGGAGUUGGGAAUAAGCAUACGGUACUGGAGCUCGCCAGCUUUUCUUGUGUUUGGGUGGGAAUUGUUCAUGAACGACAGUAGGAUGGUGAUAGUUGUAUACCCUUGUGCGGAUAUAGUAAUGCACUUUCCGAUGUUCAGAUUUGACUUGGUCGCGUGCCACGGGUCGUGACUACUCCAAGACUUCUGGACUCUGUGGGCACAGAUUGAUGCAGGCUCGUUCGGGCUUAUCGGCAGGCAACGCUUACGUCGGAAUAUGCUUGCCAGUCUCCAGAUGUGGUACCGCGCGAACUGUGGUAGUCGUAAUGUUCAGUCAGCCGCG